CAAAAUAGUUCUAGAGUAAUGUUGAAUGAUCAUUCUUUUUUCAAUUAUAAGUAUUGCAAUAAACCUUUCGUCAAGAGAUUCUAUUAAAUAAGUACUACAAAUCCUAAAAAAGUAUUAGCGCUUUGUAUAAAUAAUUUAAAUAAACUAAAAAAAAAAUGAGCAAUGGAUCAGUAAAGGACAUAUUGAAAGACAAGAAAAAAGUGAGAUUUGUGGCUGAAAGUGCAUUUAAGUAAGUAGAUAAAGAUGGUAACUAAUGCAUAUAUAUAAUAAUAGGAAGUGGAUACCUUGAAAGACCAGAACUGGAAGAAGUUAUGAAUAAUGUUGCAGCUGACUUAGGAGUGGAGGUAUAUCAAAAUAAGAUAUUUGAAGCCACCCACAAGUGAAGAAAUUGAUGAAGUUUUAAAAGAAUUAGAUGAAAAUGGAGAUGGAAAAUUAUCAAUAGAUGAAUUUUAAGUUCUAAUUGAACAAGUUCUUGAAAUGAUGGCAAAAGUUGAAGGAUGAUAUAAAUAAUAUGC